AUUAUGUUUCGAAAAUUCGCUUCCCUCCGGGGCCAACGGCUCAUGGCCGUCUGUCUCCUGUGCUGGUGCGUUUCGCUAGCGACAGCUGCAAGCACAGAAGCAUGGAAGACGCGAUCUAUCUACCAGACAAUGACCGAUCGGUUUGCCCUCACCAACGGCUCGACCACCGCACCAUGCAAUACUACGGAAGCCAAUUACUGUGGCGGGUCUUGGCAAGGGACGAUCGAUAAGCUGGACUACAUUCAAGGCAUGGGGUUCGAUGCCAUCAUGAUCUCCCCCGUAAUUAAAAACAUUGCGGGGCGAUCUAAGGAUGGGGAGGCCUACCAUGGGUACUGGCCUCUGGAUCUAUACGAGAUCAACUCUCAUUUCGGGACCCGGGAGGAACUUUUGAAGCUGAGCGAGGAGAUCCAUGCACGCGACAUGUACUUGCUGCUGGACGUCGUCAUCAACAACAUGGCUUAUAUGACAGAUGGCGAGGAUCCUGCGACAACUAUUGACUACAAUGUCUUUCCUCAAUUCAAUGGAUCCUCAUACUUCCACCCCUACUGCCUCAUUACGAACUGGAACAACUAUACGGAUGCACAGUGGUGUCAGACUGGUGACAACUACACCGCACUCCCGGAUCUCUACACGGAGCAUACUAUAGUGCAGGACAUCCUAAUGGAUUGGAGUAAAUCGGUUAUUAGCAACUACUCCGUUGACGGGCUACGAAUCGACGCUGCCAAGUCCCUCACUCCCAGCUUUCUGCCUACAUAUGCGGAAACCGUGGGCGGAUUCAUGACUGGCGAAGUUAUGGAUUCGAACGCCACCAACGUGUGCAAGUAUCAGAAGGACUACCUCCCAAGUCUUCCCAACUACCCCCUCUAUUACUCCAUGAUCACGGCCUUCCUGAACGGAGAGCCUGCGACCUUGCUCGAGGAAAUCGCAACGAUCAACGAGCUCUGCACGGACACGUUCGCAAUGGUCAAUUUCAUCGAAGACCAAGACGUGGACCGAUGGGCCUACAUGAAUGACGACAUUAUGCUAGCCAAAACUGCAUUAACCUUUAUGAUGCUCUACGAUGGCAUUCCUUUGGUCUACCAAGGUCUGGAGCAGGCCAUUGCCUAUUCCAACCGAGCGGCCCUCUGGUUGACGGAUUUCGACACCAAUGCGACGCUGUAUAAACACAUUGCGAAACUUAAUGCCAUCCGCAAACAUGCCAUCAACCUUGAUUCCAGUUACAUCAACUCAAAAACAUACCCGAUUUACCAGGGAGGCAGCGAGUUGGCUUUCUGGAAGGGCACCUACGGACGCCAAGUCAUCAUGGUCUUAUCUACGGCGGGCUCCAAUGGUUCGGCCUAUACUUUGACGCUACCUAUGAGCUAUGGGGCUAGCGAGGUGGUCACGGAAGUGCUGAAUUGCGUCAACUAUACGGUCAACACAUACAGUCAAUUGGUCGUGGACAUGGACAAGGGCGAGCCUCGAGUCUUCUUUCCCGCGGCAAUGAUGCCGGGAAGUGGGCUGUGUGGCUACAAUACCUCCAAUGUGACGUACUCUGAGCUGAGGCUUGCUGCUGUGGGUUCUUCGUCGUCUGGUGGAAGCCACUUUGUCAUACCGUCUGUUUUUGCUUCAAUUUUCAUGGCGCUGGUGACUUUUUUGGCAUUCCGGAUAUAA